GCUAGCUUUACCCUCACAUUUUGAUUUUGUGGAUGGCCUUCUUGAGGUGGUUUUAGAAGACUAUUUCGUAAUUUCUUUAGAAAACAAAGUUUCCAGUCGACUUAACAGUCAAGAUUGUGUUUAGAUAAGUCAAUGGCCCGAUAUUCAAGAGAGUGAUCAGCGGUGUUUACCAUAUUGCCAGACAAAACCUUGGUAAUCAUGGCUUCCAAAUCAGCUGAUAUGUCUGCAGUGGCCUCUAAAAGGGUUACUAAGAAAGAAGCUAUGCGGACAAGGCAGAAGACUGCACAGUCUAAGCGCAUCCGCAACAAGCUUGUGCACUUUCCCUUAACCCCUCGUAGUCUAACAAGCCCACCACAUCUACAAGUCAAUAAAAAUGAUGAUGCUAAAACUUAUGGUAGCCCUAAACCAGAUGUCAGAGCCGAUUCACCAAAAAGUCCAAAGAAAUUGGCUGAAAGUAUAAAACCUUUGCCUAAAAGUCCCAAAAAUAAAAAAUGCAAAGAGGUUUUAGAAACUACCAAGGAGUAUUAUCCAAAUAAAAAGAAAAGAACAGUUUUUAGUAAGAAAGUAGUUUUGAAACCAAAAUAUGAAUUAAAAGUUGUAGAGAGAUUGAAUAAGAGGAAACUUAUAACACCAAGAAAAGAUUCAAAUUUCUACAUUCCCAUAGUAGACCCUGCUCUGCCACCACAGAAGGUUCCGGAGCCAAGUUUUGAAGAGUUGCUCCGUUUAGCGGAUGACAUGGACUCGAUGACGGAUGAGGACCUGAUGGAGAUCCUGACCUGCCCCAGCCCCGUGUGGUGGGAGGCACCCGUCAACCCUGAGUAUGAAGAAGAUCCCAUAUUUCCCAGACCACGGCGGCCCGCGCCCACUCAACAAGAGGCAAAGCCUACUAAUUUACAAAGCAGUACAAAAAUUUCAAAAAUGCCUGAACUCAAACCAGAAAUUAAAUUAAUCUCGGAACUUGAAGAAAUAGGAUCAAAAUCAAGCAAUAAAAUCACCAAAAAGAGAUAUUUAGAAAACAUCCUCGGAAAUAUUAAGAAGAAAGUGAACAAAAGUACCCCUUCUAAUGAUAGUGAUACGCGAAAAUCAAACAAAAAUGAUACUAAAAUCAAUAGAGUACAAACAAUAUCACUUUCUGAAAGCUCAGCCACCGAAGAUGAACUGUUUACAGAUAAAAACGAAGAUAUACUGAGAGACCUAGAAAACCUAGAUAUACCAGUUGCAAAAUCCGACGAUAUCAAUGAAAAAGUAGACUUAUUAUCUCCAGUAGAAUGUAUAUUUUUGGAAGAAGACGCAGCUCCUUGUGACCCAAUGGUGGACUAUGUCUCUAAACAACCAGUAUCAGAAAUUGAGGAGAAAUUUGAAGCUUCAAUGCUAGAAGGCAUAUAUAAAAUACAACCUUCUUCGUCGUCCUUAAUUAAGCAGACAAGGAGUCUUGUGCCAAAGAAAAUCAUUUUUACUAUCAAAACGAACGACAAAAAGAAAAUUAAACUGGAUCUUGAAGAAUAUGAAGAUAAUAAAGAUACAGAAACUAAACAAGAAGAAGAAGUAGAAGUUCCGAACGAAAUGCCACCACUGAAAAGGUUUCCUAAAGUUUCUGAAAAUGAUGCUGACAUAGCGUGUCCGUAUUCGAAUCCGUCUAGCGACAAUUUUGAAAUGGAUGCAGUUGACAGCAGCAGCAUUACCAGUCGGGAACCAGACACAAUAUCUGACACUAACAUCAAGUUCCUCACCGAUGAACAGGUAAAUGGUGAAGAAAACUUAAACGGUGAUGAAAAUAAUGACCCUCUAGCUCCAGACACAAAAACAGAAUCCGAUCUUGAAGGUGAAAAACAAAAGACAGUCACUGAAGAUUCCAUUGAAAAAGAUAAAAAUAUGAAUAUUGGAAAAACAAAUGAACGAGAUGAUGAAGAAGAGAAGAUAACAGAAUAUGCUGUCGAUGAUUCUGAUAUAACAAUUGAUGACAAUGAAAAGAAAAGGGAGCGUAUAGUUGUUUACAAAAUAAUUGAGGCAGAUUCCGACAUAGAACAACCCGCGUCGGUUACUGAACACAACAAUUAUUUUAGCAACAAAUCUAAAACAGCGAAAGCAAACAAGAAAAUCAAUGAGACAGUAAAUGCAGAUAAAGUUAACAAAAAAAUGACGAAUAAGAUAAGAGUCAAAGUUAAAAGUAUUAAAAGAAAAGCGAAUGUCAAUGUAGAUAAAAGAAAAGUGGAGGAUGAUCUCAAAAUACCCAUAACUGACUCUAACGGUCCCAAAAAAGCAAAAAUGCACUAUUGUCGUGUAUGCUCCUCAAUAUUCGAUACACCAGAAUGCAAGUACUGUAAAGAGAAAAGUAUUCAAAAUAACAGUAUGGAGACAAAUAAACUGUGACUUAUUCAAUA